UUGUGUCUGGAUCUGGGCUGCCAGCGGGCGACUCCUCUUCACUGGUUUCAUUCCUGGAUAUCUCAUGCGUCUGUGCAGCAGCCUCUGUUAUCCUGUGAGCUGCAUGUACUGGGAGAUCUGUACGGAGGAUAUCAGAACAUCCCGGGAGCGGGAAAAUGGGAGUGUUGACAUUUAAGGACGUGUCUAUUGAAUUCUCUAUGGAUGAAUGGGCCUGCCUAGACACUGCUCAGCAGCAUUUGUAUCGGGAAGUCAUGUUAGAGACCUACAGAAACCUGGUCUUCCUGGGUUUUGCUGUCUCUAAGCCAGACCUCAUCACCUGUCUGGAGCAAAGCAAAGAACCCUGGAAGGUGAAGACACAGCAGACACUAGUCAAGCACCCAGAUCAUAAGAUAAUUCAUAUUGGAAAAAAACAGUACAAAUGCAAAGAAGGUAGCCAAGUCUUCCAAUCUUGCUCAAGACUCCAUAAUGGAGAGAAUCUCAACAAGUGUAAAAAUGAUGACAAAUACCACAGGCACAGUACAAAGUAUCAUAACCAUAAUAUAUUUGAGACUGGAGAAAUACCUUGCAACUAUAACAAACGUGAUAAAAUUAUCAAGCAGCACUCCCAUAUUUAUGGCCAUAAAAUAAUUCAUUCUGGAGAGAAAUCAUACAAAAGUCAAGACUGUGGCAAAGCCUUUAAACAGUACUCAAGCAUUUCUGGACAUCAAAGAAUUCACUCUGUAGAGAAACACUACAAAUGUCAAGAAUGUGGCAAAGCCUUUACUCGGCACUCACACCUUUCUGUACAUCAAAGAAUUCACUCUGGAGAAAAACCCUACAAAUGUCAAGAAUGUGGCAGAGCCUUUAACCAGUAUUCAAACCUUUCCGUACAUCAAAGAAUUCACUCUAGAGAGAAACCCUACAAAUGUCAAGAAUGUGGAAAAGCCUUUAACCAGUAUUCAAACCUUUCUGUACAUCAAAGAAUUCACUCUGGAGAGAAACCCUACAAAUGUCAAGAAUGUGGAAAAGCAUUUAAACAAUCCUCACACCUUUCUGAACAUCAAAGAAUUCACUCUGGAGAGAAACCCUACAAAUGUCAAGAAUGUGGAAAAGCCUUUAACCAUCACACAAGCUUUUCUAGACAUCAAAGAAUUCACUCUGGAGAGAAGCCCUACAAAUGUCAAGAAUGUGGCAGAGCCUUUUACCGGCACUCACACCUUUCUGCACAUCAAAACAUUCACUCUGGAGAGAAACCUUACAAAUGUCAAGAAUGUGGCAAAGCCUUUAACCAUCACUCAUACCUUUCUGCACAUGAAAAAAUUCACUCUGGAGAAAAACCCUACAAAUAUCAAUAAUGUGGCAGGGCCUUU